GCAGUUUCCAGGAUGUGGGAACAUAGUGACAUUCUCCCAGUUCCUAUUUAUUGCAGUGGAAGGCUUUAUCUUCGAAGCCAACUUUGGGAGGAAGAGGCCAGCCAUACCAAUAAGGUACUAUUUCAUCAUGGUGGCCAUGUUCUUCACUGUCAGUGUGGUGAAUAACUAUGCCCUGAACUUAAAUAUCGCCAUGCCACUGCACAUGAUCUUCAGAUCAGGUUCUCUCAUAGCAAGCAUGGCUCUAGGUAUCAUCAUUUUGAAGAAAAGAUACAGCGUUUCUAAAUACACGUCCAUAGCCCUGGUGUCCCUGGGGAUCUUCACCUGCACGUUCAUGUCUGCAAAACAAGUGGCAUCUGACUCCAGCUUAAAUGAAGAGGACGGACUCCAGGUUUUCCUGUGGUGGCUGCUAGGUAUUGCUGCGCUCACCUUUGCCCUCCUCAUGUCUGCCAGAAUGGGCAUUUUCCAGGAGAUGCUCUACAAGCAGUUUGGGAAGCACUCCAAAGAGGCCCUUUUUUACAAUCACGCAUUACCACUCCCUGGCUUUCUUCUCCUUGCCCCAAACAUCUACCACCAUGCAGUCCUCUUCAGCCAGUCUGAGCUGUUCCAGGUCCCAGUGAUCGGACUGACCCUGCCGAUCAUGUGGUUCUACCUCCUCAUGAACGUCAUCACUCA